AUGAUCGAGCCUUCUCAAACACUUUGUUCGUGCACCACCCAGUGCUUGAAAGACUGCAUCUUUCAACAAUUUCAGAAUGAUGUUCGUGAGCGAGAUUCGGGUGGCCUCGGCUACUGUAAGCUCGGCUGCGCUAUAUCUAUGUGCUCGGGUUUCAGCACAAGACAUGCUCCAAAUGGUGAAAAAGUUGAUGGCUGUGUGGGAUCGUGCUCCAACAAAUGUGUCAAGAGCUACUCAUUGCCUCAGAACAAUGGUCCUAAGUUUCGUGAAUGCAUCCGACGUCUGCUCUAA